AGAAUACUGACCUACAGAAUGAUCAGCAAGACCCACAAAGGAGACCUGGGCCUUGGGAUUCCAGAGAAAAACAAGAAGAAGAAGAAGGUGGUGAUCGAAGAACCAGAGACUCAGUACUCAGUUGUAAACAGUAACAAUUAUUUCAAUGGUGUCUGUCCCACAAGAGCCAUAUCACCCAUGAAGAGUGUGAUCAAAGGGCUGGCACCUGAGAUCCCUCUAAUGAAGAAAAAGAAGAAGCAAAAGAAGGGCCAUAGCACCCUCUGUGAGGAGCACCUAGAACCUGAGACCACAUUACAUGCCAGGUGGACAGAGAAGUCUCCCAGACCCAGGACAGAGGUUCUUGGUCCAUCUGAGUUCCUCAAUGGGGAGAAGAAAAAGAAGAGAAAGUCGUGGCCUCUGGCCAUGUCCCCUGACUUGAGGAUGAAGACCUCCCUGGACCCCAGACAGGGGGAGAAAGUGACCAGAGUUGACAAGAAGCUCAAAAUACACAAGAAGGAGAAAAAAGCCCACAAAACGUCAGCCUUCUCAGCCAGGGACACUUGGUUCUGCAAGGCUGAGAAUCCUCUGCAUACUUGCUCAGUGGGAAAGGAUGACCAGGAACAGGCAGCCUUGGGGCAGAAAAGAAAGCAGGGGAACCCCAGGGAACACAAUGUGAAGAUGAAGAAGAAGAAAAUCCACCAGGAGCGAGACACCUACUUUGGCCACCCCAAACCCUCCAGGUCCACGGACAGCAGCCUUAGGAAAGGAAGUAAAAAGAAGCCAGUCAAAGUUGAGGCUUCAGAAUACAUCCCAGUAGGAGGUGGCCUCAAGUCCCCUGUGAAGAAGAAAAUGAAGUCCAAUAAAAAGGCAGAGCAGCCAGGCACUGAGGAGCCAGCUCUGAAGAGAAAGAAAACAAAGAAGAGAAAAAAGAGCAAAGUAGCAGGAGAAACUUGGAAGGAGGAGCCUGACACAGACUUAGAGGUGGUGUUGGAAAAGAAAGGCAACAUGGAUGAGGCGCACAUAGACCAGGGAACUCAGUUUGGUCAGUGGGAUACAGCUGGUUCUGAAAACAAGGAACAGAAGCUGAAAUUACUCAGACUUACAGGUGGCUUUAAAAAUCUGCCCCCUUCAUUCAGCCACACCCCUGUCACAACUAGAAGGCCCAACAUGGCACUCAACAGGAAGGCAGCCAAUACCCUGCAGCAAAGCCUGCAGCAGGACUACGACCGGGCCAGGAGCUGGAAGGACAGGUGGGGCACUGGCCUUGGCUUCUCCACCGCCCCAAACGAGAUCUUUUAUAUUGACAGGAAUGCUUCCAAGUCAGUCAAGUUUGAAGAUUAA